AUGUCAAACAUAAAUAUCACAGAAGAAGAAAUCCCAGCAAGCUUCCUCAAAGAUAAACGCAGAAUUGAAAGUCUAGAAAAGUCAGCUGAAAAAUAUUCCGACCAGGGGAACUUUCAUAAAGCGUGCAAUACUUAUGAAAAAAUAGUUCAACUAGACCCUUUAAGUGAAAAAUCAUGGAUUUCUCUGGGGCAUUGUUAUUAUAUAAUUCAAGACUAUAAGAAAUGCUACGCAGCCUACCAAAAAGGUAUGAAUACUUUUAAAGGGCGCCUCGACCCACAGCUCUGAUAUGGCUUAGGAAUGCUUUGCCAAAAAUUUUCUUAUUAUGACCAAGCAGAAAUGUCGUUUCAAGAAUCAUUAAAGUGUGACCCAGAUUUUGAACAAAAACAAAAUAUAUUAUUAAAGCUUGGGAUUUUGUCAAAACAAGCACUUAAAUAUGAAGAAGCUAUCAAUCUGUUUAAAAGCUGCAUACAAUGCGAUAGCAGAAAUAUCAAUAUUGUAACGCAAGCUUACUGCUGCAUGGGAUUUUGCUAUAAUAUGCUUGGGAGUAUAGGUGAAUCUUUGCUGUCUUAUAGAUAUGCAGUAUCUGUGGAGUCAAAUCAAUAUACAUUGGCAUGCCUUGGAUGGGAAUUGCUUAGCUUGGGCCAUUUUGAUGAGGCUCAUCAGUGCUUGGAAUAUGCGAGUAAAGCUGAAAACAAAACAGAAAAUUAUGAAGAGAAGCUUUAUUAUAUGUUGGCAAUGUCAAAUUUGCAAAAAAAUAAAUUUGAGGUUGCAUCAGAAUAUUUUGAAAAAAUAUUAUAUCAUUUUUGACUAAAAUCGAGGCAAUUUACUAUAAAAAAUAUUAAUUAAAUAAAAAAUAAUACCAAUAUAAAUAUACAAAGCCAGCAUAAAAAAAAAUUCAUACGAUUUUUCAGCUUGCUGCAGCUAUGGAAUUUUAAAAGCCAAGCAAUCAAAACAAUCAGAAGCAGUUCAGCUCUUAUUCAAAGCUGACCAAGCUGGUACUAAAGCAGAAGCAUGGCUAAAUCUAGGAGUAUUAUAUGAACAAUGCGGCCAAAUUGAAGACGCAAUAGUUGCUUAUCAAAAAGCGCUGACUUUAAAAAAUUAUGAAUUAAUUGCUCAGGAAAGAAUUAAUAAUGCUGGUACUGGCAAAUGUAAUUGUGAAAUGUUAAUUCAUCCAUUAUUUGACCCUACAGAAAUUAUUGUAGCCAAAAUUGAUAAUAAUUCUUUGGAUUCAAAAAAUAAAGAUUUUACGUGGAUUCCUCCCCCUGAAUUUUUCGCAUGGCAUGCAGAGAAUUUUUAUCAAGGAUUUAUGAAUUUUAUGCAAAAUAUGAGAAACUGUGGGCAAUUUGAUGGGAUCAUGAUAAAAGAAUGCAAUGAUGAGGAGCAAGCUGAAAUUCAGAGAGGAGAAAAUGAUAUAGAUUCAACUCAAGUGGCAAAAGGUAGAAAAAAGAGAAAAACAAAAUAG